CUUUUGAUAAUACCUUGUUUUUAUUUCUCCUUGGCUUUUUCCAAAUAACAGCAGUUUGUCCUUUUCCUGUUCAAACCAAACAAGCAGAAAGUAGCUUUUCUUACGCACAUCUCAAAUAAAGAACUCACUCUUGAUCUGCACACGGCACUUCCACUUUAUAAUAUGAGUAUAUUUUCUCACUUACUUCGUUGACUGCCUUGAAACUAAAUGAAGACCAAGUCAUAAUUAGAAACUUUCAGUACCCUCUUCAGUUAUAUAAAGCUCGCUCUCGUCGUCAACAGCCUCAUGACAGCCAACACAAGACACACAAAGAGCUCUCCUUUCGUCUUCAUCUUUUUCUCCCCCUCAAAAAAAAAUCCAUGGCUACAGGCUCCAACUCGAAACCUGUACAAUAUGAUGAUCAGGAUCCUGAUAAACUCACCAUAAUAGUUGAGAGAAACCCCUCAGAGUCGCGCUUAUUUGAGCUGCGCAUCAAGUCAUGGCCAAAGUGGAGUUGCCCUCCGGGGAAAUUCUCUUUCAAGUUCGAUGCAAAAGAAACAUGUUAUCUACUCAAGGGGAAGGUCAAAGUCUACACAAAGGGAUCUUCAGAGUGUAUUGAGUUUGGAGCAGGAGACCUUGUGAUCUUUCCCAAAGGACUUGGCUGCACUUGGGAUGUCUCUGCAUCUAUAGACAAACAUUAUAAAUUUGAUUCCUCUUCUUGCUAGCGGUCUCCUCUCCCUUCCACUCUGCUAUCAACUUUCUUCAAUGUUCCUAUUCAAGUGCAACACUUCCCAGUCUAAAACAGACAAUAGCAUGGAUACCCUCAAAAUAGAACCGCUUAAAAUGAGUUCUUGGUCACACAACUGAAGAACAUGUAAAUUACUUCUCUUUUGAAAGUCAUCUUCUGAAAUUGAGCUCGUCCACCACCACUUGUGGAACUUAGGACCGGAGAUUGAGAAUGCUCGUCCUAAUGGUGUUGGUUCCUUCUCACUGUUUCUCAUCUUCAGGUCCUUCAUUCAUUUGCCUUGGUUGAGGUAAGCAACUAAAAGUCGUAGAGGGGACUGAUUUGCUCACAACAAGAACAAAAAAGGCACAUACCAAUUUCAGCAGCUUUCUGUCUUUAGCAGAAGCCGCAGCAGAUGAGUCAAUAUGAGCCUUUCAUCAUGUUCAGACCGAGUGAAAGUGUUGACAUCCUUCGCUAGAUUGUGUUUUCAUUGGAAGCAUUUUCUCUCAACUAUUGUCAAUAUCCCUCUUUAACUGAAAAUUUCAUGUUGUGGCGUGGAUGCGAGUUUCUGAGCAAAUUAGGCGAGAGAAUGGGUCAAGCAGAUAGAUGAACAGAACCUGAAUGAGCAGCAGAAAGACGUCGACUGGGAUGAGAUAAAAAUAGAUGGUCUGUAUUUCAUUAGACUAGGAUUUGUUUAACAUCUCAAUAGUCCUGUAGUCACAUGUCGUAAAGUUUCAAAGCUGUAAUCCUAGGGAGAAUUGUUGCUAGAUAACAGGUGAUGGGUGAAAGUAAAUCUGAUCUCUAGCCUCAAUGAUUUCAACACAAAAAGGACAUAUCCCAGUAUCUCUCAGCUCGCUGAAACUGCCUUAUAUCCCAAAGUUCCUCUGGCACUUCAAGGUUCAAUCUUCCAGCGAUCGACUUCUUAUCUGGCUUUGUGUUGUGAAGGUCUUAAGUUGAUUAUCUGCGCUUUCUCCAGCAGGAUUGAAUGUGGGUUUGUUUCUUUCCUUUCUGUUUGUUUUUCCUUGUAAUUUUGGUUAAAGCAUACACUAUCUCAAGGUGUGGUCACUCAAGUUCCUUUAUGGAGCUUUUUCACUUCCUAAUUUGUAUUCAAUUACCCUCUUCCUUGUGUGA